AUGAAUCCGUUCCCUUGCCGAGCCUCCGCCGUCUUCUUGAGAGGCCGGGCCCCUAUCCUGGUUGGCCGGCAGGCAGGCCGCCGCAGGCUGUUCUCCGUCUCAUCAUGCUCGCGAUCGAACGCCAAUUCGACGCUGCCCUUAGAGGGGGUCAAGGUUCUUGACAUGACCAGAGUCCUGGCUGGGCCAUACUGCACUCAAAUUUUGGGAGAUCUGGGGGCCGAGGUUAUCAAGAUUGAGCACCCUGUGCGGGGCGAUGACACCCGAUCCUGGGGCCCACCCUACGCCAAUUACACCCCCGAGUCCGGUCUCGAAGGUCCUGGUGAGGCGGCCUACUACUUGACUGCAAACCGCAACAAAAAGUCUCUGGGACUCUCUUUCCAGCAUGCGGAAGGUGUCGAGAUUCUGCACAAGCUUGCAGCAAAGGCUGAUGUCCUCGUGGAAAACUACCUUCCCGGAACACUAAAGAAGUAUGGCCUCGACUACGAAUCUAUCCACAAGGUCAACCCAAACCUUAUUUACACCUCCAUCACCGGUUACGGCCAGACAGGACCGUAUUCGAACAGGGCCGGCUACGACGUUAUGGUCGAGGCUGAGUUUGGUCUGAUGCACAUCACUGGAAACCGUGACGGUCCCCCUGUCAAAGUUGGCGUUGCAGUAACGGACUUGACUACUGGUCUCUACGCUAGCAAUAGUAUCAUGGCUGCCUUGCUACAUCGGAUAAGAUCGGGCAAGGGCCAGCAUAUCGAUGUAGCCCUUAGUGACUGCCAGACGGCGACGCUCGCAAACAUUGCCAGCAGCUGCCUAAUAAGCGGCAAGAAAGACUCUGGCCGAUGGGGAACUGCUCAUCCCUCUAUCGUACCAUACCGAGCUUUCCCAACAAAAGACGGCGACAUCCUCAUCGGCGGAGGUAAUGACCGCCUCUUCGGCGUUCUUGCCGACCUCGUCGGCAGGUCUGAGUGGAAGACUGAUCCCAAGUUCAGCACCAACGCCGAGCGGGUGCGGAACCGCAGCGAACUCGAGUCCAUGAUCGAAGACCUAACGAGGCAGAAGACGACAAAGGAGUGGCUCGAUAUUUUCGACGGCAAGGGUAUGCCCUAUGCCGCCAUCAACGAUAUCCAGGCGGCCCUCCAGCAUGAGCACACCAAGGCGCGAAACAUGGUGAUCGAGGUCGAGCACGACGCGUGCGGGCCCAUCAAGAUGGUAAACACGCCUGUGAAGUAUUCCGAGAGCACGCCUGGUGCUAGGACGCCUCCUCCGUUGCUAGGCGAGCAUACUGAUGAGAUUUUGGGGUCGUAUCUGGGAAUGCCAGGGGAGGAAAUCGAGAGGCUUCGAAGCCAAGAGUCUUUCUUGGGACUCGAGGGCUCAAACCUGACCUUGGACAGUCUCAACCUCGCCAAGCCUCAUCAACCAUCAUCUUAUACCUCCGCGACACACUUUGUGAAGACUUAUCGAAUUCAAGCCGCCGAUAAUUUACUAGGCGUCAAAUCUUCUUCAAUUAUGACGAGCUUGGAGAGCAAGGGAACUGCGACAUCGGGAAGUUCCAACAUGCCCCCUACGGAGGCUAGCAGCUCAAACCCGGAUGAGCACUCCAACUCCGCUCAGCGUCACUCAGAGCGGUCCUCUCCAUCAUCAUCCACAGCCACGCCGUCCGCCGCAGAGAUGUCGGCUCCGACUUGUACACCAUCAACCGCUCGUCGCCCAUAUCAACCACAAUUCACAGCCAUGACAGAAACCAUCCUCCAAAGAAUCAGGAACGGCAAUGCGAGCAUCAGCUCAGCCGUCGCCGGAGCUCAAGCCACAGGGAUGGUCCAGCUAAGCCGUGCUAAGUAUGAGGAUGCGCGGCGCCGCUUGGUCGAAACCCUAAAAACCUCCGACAACAUUGAGCUUCCUGCGGUUCCCACACGCCGUAUCAAGGGCGCCAACAGCAAGACAUCCAGCGCCACUUCUACCCCUCCAAAUGGAAGCCUUAAGCGCAAGCGGAGCCAUCUCGAUGCGGCUCAGGACCACGGCUCGCCCUUCUCUGACGCAGACCUCGAUGCUCCGCAGUUCAAGAAGAUGGCUCCUAGAGCACCCGCGCGGAAGAAGAAGACCAAGGAUGACGCCGCGGCCAAGAGGUGCAGCCGGUGCGAUCGUCAAGCCUGGACUGAGGACAACAUGUUCAUCACGUGCCCGCGCUGUGACGAGAAUUGGCAUCUCCUCUGCAAUCCACCCGAUGUUGUCAAGGUGUGGCAUACGGACCAGGCGAAGUUCAAGUGUUUCGGAUGUCUGGAGGAGGCGCGCCAGAUGGCCGAAUAUCAAAAGGCCAAGACAGAAUUUGCGCAGCGCAAGAAGCAGCAUGAGAUUGCAAGGACAAAGGAGAAGGUUAUGGCCUCUUUGCCUAUUGGAGUCACUUUUGACAAGCCAGAUCUGAUCGGGUUUGGGGCCGGUGGCGCGUCUGAUGCCUUGCGUGCUGAGUACUUUUCCUCGAUGUCGAGGAGAGAUCUACUCAGCUUGCUUGCAUUUUGUGACAAAUUACGGCCCAAUCUACUCGCAGACUUGCUUGUCACGGCGACCAAAAAGCAUUCUGACCUCCCCAUCUUCCACUCUCCAGAUUGGGCUGCCCAAGUUGCUACCAGCACCAACUCCCGACGAAGAGCCCUCAGCAUAGAUCCGGGCGCGGGGAAGCGAAGUGUCCAGAACUCGCCCGCCAACCCCGCGACGAACUCUACAGCAUCAACCCCCGCGGUAAAGCCGGCGGCUCCACCGAACCAGACCCAGACUAUCGACGGCACAGAUGCCUGGGAUGAUGACGACGAUUUCUUACCGCCUUCGUGGCCGAAGGAAGGGGAGGGCAUGUAUUCCGCCUUACCGCCAGAGAGUGAAGAUUUGGAUCACCUCGUCGAUGAGGACGAAGACGGAGCGUUUCAGGGGUUCAUAGUAAAGUCUGAGUCAAAUGGCUCUCUGAGACUAGAGCCUACUACGUGCUGUUAA